AUGCUCGCUGGUGCGUCAACCUUCCUGCGAGCCCCUGAGCCCUCUCUCGGCCUGCGGCUGAAGCCAAACCACCCCCACGCUGACACACAGCAACGUUUGCUCAACACAGCGGCCAGGGGAGACGACUACAAGACGAAUGCUGAACACAUGCGGUGUAACGAGGAGACGCAUCUGAUCAAAGACUUGUUCACAGGCUACAACAAGAAUAUUCGCCCGGUGGUUCGUCCUGAAGACAAGGUGGAGGUUCAGAUCAAGCUGACCCUCACUAAUCUUAUCUCUCUGAAUGAAAAGGAGGAGACUCUUACGACCAGUGUGUGGAUUGAGAUUCAAUGGACUGAUUAUCGUCUUGCCUGGGACGAAUCGAAAUAUCAUGGCAUUGAUCUUAUCCGUGUCCCAUGCAACACUGUUUGGCUUCCUGACAUUGUCCUUGAGAACAACAUUGAUGGCAAGUUUGAUGUGGCCUACUAUGCCAAUGUCUUGAUCAGCAGCAGUGGUUGGAUAUACUGGCUGCCUCCUGCUAUCUAUCGCAGCACUUGUGCCAUUGAAAUCACCUACUUCCCGUUUGAUUAUCAAAACUGCACCUUAGCAUUCAGAUCCCAGACGUACAGUGCCAAUGAAGUUGAUCUCAUCUUGGCUGUUGGAGAAACAGGCGAAACUAUUGAGUGGGUGGAUAUCGACCCUCAAGCUUUCACAGAGAACGGCGAGUGGGCCAUCGUACAUCGUCCAGCCAGGAAGAUGAUCAACUCACGGUAUUCCCCAGAUGACCUAGAGUAUCAAGAAAUCUUGUUCAACCUGAUCAUCCAAAGGAAGCCCCUCUUCUACAUCAUCAACAUCAUCCUGCCCUGCUCCCUCAUCUCCUCACUGGUAGUACUGGCCUACUUUCUACCUGCACAAGCGGGGGGACAGAAGUUGACUGUGUCCAUCUCUGUCUUGCUGGCUCAGACUGUCUUCCUCUUUCUUAUUGCUCAGAAGAUCCCUGAGACAUCUCUUUCUGUCCCUCUCAUCGGCAAGUACCUGAUCUUUGUUAUGUGUGUCACUACUCUCAUUGCCACCAAUCAAAUUGUAGUGCUGAACUUCUCCCUGCGCAGCCCCAGCACUCAUACCAUGUCUUAUACCAUCAAACAUAUGUUCCUGGAAAUGGUGCCUCGCUUUCUAGGCAUGUCCCCACUGGUGGAUGACAGUGACAUGACAACAGAGAUGAAUGGGAUGAGGGAGCGGCGGCGCAGCUCCUUUGGCCUCAUGCAGAGAGCAGAGGAAUAUGUACUGAAACAACCCCGCAGUGAAAUGAUGUUUGACAAACAGAGAGAGAGGCAUGGUUUCACCAAUGCGGUUGAGGAUAACAUAGAUGUCAGCAGCACAGCCAACCUGUACAAAAGUUUGGCCCAAGCUGCACCUGAGAUCAAGCAAUGUGUAGAUGCCUGCAACUUCAUUGCUGAGAGUACAAGGCAACAAAAUAACAUCGGAUCUGAAAUUGAAAGCUGGGUACUGAUUGGGAAGAUGAUUGACAAAGUCUGCUUCUGGGCUGCCAUUCUCCUCUUCAUUAUCGGCACAGUGGGGAUCUUCUUAACAGGACACUUCAACCGGGUACCAGAGUUUCCAUUUCCUGGAGAGACAAAAAAAUAUGUUAAAAUGAGUUAAAAAAGACAAAAAAACUAUUUUGAUCUGAUGAAAUCUCCAAGAAUCACUGUGCCUCAUGCUGUUCAUACAGCUGAGCAGUCUUGCUCAUUGAGUCCGAGGCUCAGAUUCAGAGUUGAGUUAGCGGGGCUUUAAUAACAGAGAUUUGACAUCAAAUCUGUCUGUGUUCAUUUUCACAUGUCAGACUUCUCUUUGUGAACACUUGUCAGGCAGCUGAGGGUGAUAAUUUAAACUUGCAACUUGAUUCUAAGUUCUCCAUCUUAGUGUAAGUGGUUUUAAAUCAUCACCAUCAUAAAUCAUACAAAGUAGAAGUAUUAUUUGACUUAUUUUGUGGUAUAAAAGACUCAGAAGUGUCAGUUGAAGCAAGGUCAGACUUUAGGUGGUGGCAAUUCUCCACCAUGCUCAGAAAGCUGCAGCAAAGAACCUCUCAAAUAAAAUCUACUGCAGCGUCGUCAUGAAGAAGGCUCUUUAACUGAUUAACUUAUUUUAUUUACAUGUGGUGUGCUAAAGUUGCCCAUCUUUCAUUAGCUUAUAAGACUCAUCCAUGCAUGUUUCACACUGCAAGCAUAUUUGCUAAAUUUUCCCUGCAUGCACUAUGUCUUAUGUAAAGAACCUGUGCAUGUAACAUGAGCCAGCCAACUCCAAAUCAAAGCCUUAUUCUUCUUACUAUGACUUAUUUAUUAGAAAGUCUUGUUAGAACUAAAUGGCUCUGAGGGACAUUGUCUUGAUUCAUUGUGCCAUGUUUUUAAAAUAAAUAUUUUACUUUGCGCA